AUGUCGAUACCUUUCGCAUUCCGAGAAGUAAUCGCCACUACCCCUCAACCAAUGCUAGUCUCGGGCGAGCUUUCAGGCGGUUUGGUUGCCCCAGUUUACCGACUGGCGACUGAAUUACUUGCCGAAGUGUUUGUUAUGAACAGUCGUCCCGAACAGACUGACUUCGAAGAAGAAACUGAUACUAGGCAGCUCAUCGCCGCCAUUCAAAGUGGGCCUUACCAUGUCUUUCCACGACUUAUUUCUAGAGUCUCGUCGCGCUUCCGCGAUGUGGCCCUUGGGACCUCCAAAUUGUGGAGUAUCAUCGUCAUUACUGCCCAAAGUGACAGCCACCGCAUUCAGGCCUACCUCCAGAGGUCCGGCGACGCGCCUCUGGACGUGUUUAUCGCGCUGGAAGGAUCGUGGACCGAAUCCCCCACCCUUCUCGCCAAUGUGAGGCGCAACAUCGACCUCCUCGCGCUUCACUCCGGCCGUUGGAGGCGCCUCUUGGUGCGCUGCCUCAGGGAGGAUAUGCAUUUGCUGUCCGCAUUUGCACCGAUCUCUUCCCUCUGCCGGACAUCCGCCCCCAACCUGAUACAUUUGUCGCUUGACGUCGAUUGGGUCGACUACGCCCCCGUGGACAUCACCGCAGACCCCGCCAUCUUUACGAGUGGUACACCAAGCCUGACAUGCCUGCGACUUCGCGGCAUGGCGCCGCAGGCAUUUCGACCACCUUUAUCAACAGUCACAGCCCUCGAUUUGGCGCCUUACAGAGGCUUGACGUUCACGGAUGACAUGUUUCGAGCGUUGCUCGGCGAGUGUAAAUCCCUUGUCGACCUCGCAAUUUGGGCAGAGGGACAAUUUGUCAACCUCCCGUUUAGUCCCCAGCAAGCCAAGCACAAGUUGCCGCACCUCGAGUCCCUGGUCAUUUCCUCCAGCACUGGUGCAGGGUUCUCAAAAAUUCUCAACAUGGUCGACGCGCCUCGACUGAGGGUGCUCGAGCUCCACGGCCUAUUAGAAGGCGACCUCGACACCCUUUGGUCACAUGGCAGGGGGCUAUCGAUCCACUUUCCCCAGGUCGAGGUGUUCGUCGCGUCAGAGUGGAUCCCUUCAGACGAGAUCUACGACCACCUGUUCGAAAUUUUCCCCAGCGUCGCCAUGUUUCGCUGUCCCCACGCCACCUUCGAGACCUCAAGGCUGGAGAAAUAUCUAACUGGGAGGACCAGGAGAGAGAACGGCGAUCAUUGCUGGACAGGUCUUCGUUACUUAACAUUAGGGUUUGAUGACCGGGAGGAGAUUUCCAGUCUCUUGGAGGCUCUACACACUCGAAAGCUUCUGGGCUACCCUUUGACGGAGGUUGGAUUUGCAGCUGAAGUUGGGGUAUCCUUGGAUAUUUUCGUGGCGGAGGAGGAUUUGGAGCGGAUUGACGGGCUUGGCGUCAGGAUCUACAGAGAGGAAGAGAAACGAUGGCCAUCAUCGGUGAAAGAGCUCAAGAUGUGGGAAUAA